ACUGAAAAAUGCCGAAGCAAGAGUCUUAAAAAAAAUUCUUCCACCCAUCAUGUGAUUGUCUCCAGCCCCCUGAAUCACAGCGGGUUUAACGUUUGGCAAUGACGGCAAGCGCCCGAGGACUUCAAGCAAAGGCUGCCUUUCCCGGCGAGGCACAACCGCCCGGGAACCGCACCGGCUUUCCCCUACGGCUCUUCCCCCGCGGGGCUCGGGCAGCGGCGGCCGGGCUUCCUGCGAGAGGGGGAGCCGCCCGCCGCCCGGCCCUUCCACGGAAUUUUGAGCCUCAAAGUGUCACUGCCCUGUGGAGGCUUUUCCCGCCGCUGCGUCCCGCCGAGCCGAGCCGAACCGAACCGAGCCGAGCCCAGCCGAACCGAGCCGAUCCGUGCCGAACUGAGCCGAGCCGAACCGAGCCGUCCCGAUCCUUGCCGAGCCGUCCCGAUCCGUGCACGCCUCUCCCACUUCCUGCUGCAGAGCCAGUUCUGCCGCUUACCUGGGAGAGGCGCGGAGGGUGUCGUAAAAGGAGGAGGGAAAAAAAAAAAAAUUAAAAAAAUUAAAAAAGUAAAACCCCGGCCGGCUGAGGAAGGAGACCCGGGCACGCCGAGAGAGCGACGGGGUGCGCAGGAGGCGCGCCAGCCCUCCCGCCUGUCGUCGGCCACCUCAGCGCCAGCCUCAAGUUUGCUGAAAAAUCCUGGCUUUGCAGUGAGGCAGCUGACUCUCGUUUCCGGUGCGACUACAAAACUUGGAAAUGGCCUCUGUGUCAGGCACUUUUGUGGGUCGAAGCAUACCGGUUGAAGUGGAUGAAUCCAUGCCGUGGUCCCCAUUUCCUGAACAAGUCUUGGAAAACACUUUGCAGCCUUCUGGAGAGGUUAUGGAAGAUGAUGAGUCCCACAGACCGUGUGUCUCUCAAACACCUCAGCCUGUGGCCAAUUCAUCAUGCCUCUGCAGAGCACCAGCAUGUCAUCAGUCAGCACCAUCCGUGGAGUCAGACAGCAGCCUGUGGUCAAAAUAUCCUGAUCCUGAUGGAGAUGGACGCUUCUGUUCCCCUGGUGAAUCAAUAGCUGGAGUAGUUCCCUCCAAGAAGCAUCUUGUAGCUAUGGACAAACCAGGCACGCAGCCAACAUCACAGCUUUCAGCUGACACUGGGCAUAACUCCAGUAAAUCAGAGCAGAGCUUGUCUCAAGCUCCUGAGGACCCGCUGAAGGAGAGCAGCCAAGGGAAUUCUCGGCCACAGCAACCCUCAGGAAACAGACUCCCAGCAGAGCUGGGGACCGUGGACACAGGGUACAACUCCCAGUCACGAGACAUCAUGGGCAUCAGGCAACUGGAGCCUCCCUUACCGCUGGUGUCUGUGCUGAACCCCCAGGACCUCCCAGGACCGCUGAUCUCCAGAGAGUUUUUUGGACCUGAGGAUCAGCAGUGCCCUAUGUGCCAGCACCUGCCCCAUCCCAAUGCCUCCUUGCAAGCCCGCGGCUGCUUUGGGCACUGCUGCCCGGCGGAGCAGCACCCUCAGGGCCCAUAUGGCAGAGCUCCUUACCAACAUUUGGCACACACAUCACAACCUCCUGUUCCUGGACUGUGCAUGAAAGUUGUCCGCCUGGCCCAGCAAGUCGUCCCAAAUUAUUCAAACCUUCGUGCUCCCAAGGGCACGGGAGAGCGACCGCCCCACAGGACGUGCUCCUCCCCUGCUCCUCCUCGAUUCCCAAACCAGUUAUACAACCAGCUACCUAAUGGUCAACUGCCCCCCAAGGCAUGUGGCCCCGAUGAAGCUUGCUGUUGUCCUUCUGACAAUUUUCCAUCUCCAGCUGCCGUCCCGAGACCUCUCAGUAACCCUGCAGCCAAGGGGACUCUGAGAACCAGCAAUCUGCCGGAGGAGUUGCGCAAGGUCUUUAUAACCUAUUCAGUGGACACAGCGGUGGAGGUUAUGAAAUUUGUGAACUUCCUGCUUGUAAAUGGAUUUCAAACUGCUAUUGAUAUAUUUGAGGACACGGUACGAGGUAUUGACAUCAUUAAGUGGAUGGAGCGCUACCUAGGUGAUAAGACGGUGAUGAUAAUCAUAGCAAUCAGUCCAAAAUACAAACAGGAUGUGGAAGGGGCUGAAUCCCAGCUGGACAGGGAUGAACACGGCUUACAUACUAAAUACAUCCACAGGAUGAUGCAGAUCGAGUUUAUACAACAAGGAAGUAUGAACUUCAGAUUCAUCCCUGUGCUUUUUCCAAAUGCCAAAAAGGAACACGUGCCUACCUGGCUGCAGAACACUCACAUCUACAACUGGCCGAAGAAUAAGAAGAACAUCCUGUUGCGGUUGCUGAGGGAGGAGGAAUACGUGGCCCCUCCAAUAGGGCCUUUACCAACACUCCAGGUUGUGCCGUUAUGAACGUUAGUACUUAAAGUGCACGACAAGCAGUUGUUCAGGGGUUGUUCUUGGCAGGGAGCCAAGGCUCUUCCAGAUGGCUCUUUUUGAUGACAGAAGACACUCUUUCUGCUAAGGGAAUUAGUUGUCUUGGGUAACUCAGGCUCGGCUUGUUCUCUACCAUGUUAAACAUCUCUUUCUGAAGCUGAUGGGGCAGAACUCUUUUCUCUAGAUUUUUAAAUAAGCUGCAAAUGGAAAGAAUGCCCGGUUUUAUUAUAACAUCUGUUUUUAACAUAUUCCUUUAUUAGUCAAUAUAGCAAACAAAUCCCAGAAAUAAUGCCACAAUAAGGGUAAAAUAAAAAUUACAUCCUCCUUUGUGCUCAGGGUUUCUUUAAAGACAUUCCUGCCUUGUAUAGCAUUACCCAACACUUAAUUUGUAUAUACACUAUUAAAUCUAUCUGCCUUUUGUAAGGCUACCUUAUAUAUUGCGUCAGCUUGUAUUAUUGCUGGGAACAGCAGAGGGACGGUAACUGUUGGGUAACGCCAGUUUUCCUCGCAAGAGCCCGUCUUGCACAAAGGUGCUGGCUUCAAUUAGAGGCCUCGGGUCUGAACUCUCUGGAGCUCCAUUUCCAUACAGCUCUCCAUACACCCAGCACCUCGGCUGUGCUGCCGUAAUGCUCCACAAAAGGAGAGCUAAAGGCACGGCUCCGCGUGCACUGUCAGUACCGGGCAACGCGGCAGGAUCCUUUGUAGCCAGCCUUCAGCCUCGUG